GCGCAGUGUAUACCAGCUUGUUUUGUGAAAGAACAAGCAACGUGUGACGGAUUCUAUCCACCGCAGGACUGUUACUCGUCAAAAUGAUUAUCCCAGUGCGGUGCUUCACAUGUGGCAAAAUUGUCGGUAACAAGUGGGAGGCGUACCUAGGUUUGCUUCAGGCGGAGUACACUGAAGGAGAUGCGCUGGACGCCCUGGGUUUAAAGAGAUACUGCUGUCGCAGGAUGCUGCUUUCACACGUUGAUCUCAUUGAGAAGCUACUGAACUACGCACCCCUGGAGAAAUGAUGAAACCUGGAAUCUUGCUCUGCAGCCUUUCACAAAUGGACAUUAAGCCUGAUGAAUUGCAAAUUUGGCAGGCAGAUGUGUUUCUCAAAUUUCUGUUAUCUUUAUAUGACAUCUUGAAAGAAUAUUUUUGUAUUUAGCUUUAUUAUUUUGUAAUGCAGCCAGUCAUUGAGUCUUGGUGGUAAUUACGGUCUUGUUCUUGAGACUUAUCUCUAAGUUUAUCUUCAUGGGGGUAAUAAAACAUUUUGUGAUCUUAUCUCUAGGAUAAUUUUAUUAAGUAU